AUGGGUAAAAGGGCUACUUCUGGGACGACCAGUGAGGGCGCUGCUGCUUACAACAAGCGCCAAAAGACAUAUCAUGAUGUUCCGACCAGCGAAGAUGUCUACGACAGCGACCAGCUGAGAAGGCUGCUUGCCUUUGACCAGGACAUGCGAAAUGCGCGACACGGUCUUCAGUCCUUCAAGAAGCUCCUCGACGAGGCCAAUUCCAGUGAGGCCGACCGCGAAGCGAAGAUCGCCAUUGUCCGUGGCUACCUCAAGUCUGUCCAACCCCGAGAUACCAGUGACGAUGCAGUCUUCCUCAACGAUGUCAUGGAAAUGUGGUCUUUUGCCGCGCAAGUCAAUGAUGAUGGUGUCAUGUCAUCUGUCGCUGUUGUAUUGGCUCUACUACUUCAGCUCAUCUCCGACAGCCUCGACCUGGUGCCAUACGGACUCGGCAUUUGCCAAACGCUUCUGCAGGAACGCCAGCUGAAAUCAGUCUCGCGCAACCUUUCUUCCGAAAAGGGAAAGGGCUUCAUCAUCUCUCCAACCCUCCGAUUGCUGCGCGAAGCGGUUUUCCUGGACGGCGGUGCCUUUGCCAAGCGCAUUUUCCGUGCCCGGGCAUCAACAUUCGCGUCGCUCGCCAGAAACCUCGAGAUUACACACUUCGGUGAUGGCCCAGAGGAUGUGCGCAAAGCCUCUGUUCGCACCAAUUCUGUCCGCUUCUUCUUGGCAUGUCUCAAAUUUCUCAACGCAGACGGGAGAAAGGAGCUUCUUGCCCAAAAAGAGCUCUUGUCGCAUGUCACGUUCAUGAUGAAAAAUGAUCCACCCUUCCUCGUGGUUGAAAUUAUAACCUCCCUCAAGACCAAUGUCCUCAUGGACGCCAAGAUUGCGCGCGACACCAAGUUCAAGAACUUCAAUACGAAGACGCUAAUGCGCUUCCUCGGAUUAUACACGUACAGCAACGCCUCCGCACCCCAGGACGAUGUCGAUCAAGUCAUAGAACAGGCCCACGAGUUUCUCGUGUACGCAUGUACAAAUUCCACAGCCGGCGUGUUGUACCCAUCCAAGGGCCUGUAUCCAAAGGAAUCCGACGAAGAAAGCUCAACUGCACGACUCGCUAGUCGGGCAAAAGCGGAUGGCAAUCUCUGGGCCGACAAGUUUCGUGACGGCGUCCCCGUUUUCAACUUUGUUCUUUCAGAGUUCGCCAGCAAGCUUCGUCCGUGGUCGAAUCUCAAGCACAAUGAGCUCCUCGUCGCCAUUUUUCAGGCCGCCCCCGAGCUUAUUGCCGAUUACUUCUUCAAUAACCGAUCAUUUACCUUUGAGCCAAAGCUGUCAAUGACUUGGAUUGGCUACGCCGCAUUUCUUUUCAACACCAUGACGAUACCUCUCCCCCCAGCCUUUGGCGAUGCUACCUUAUACGCAAACACUCCUCCUCCUACUUCCAUUAUUCUCGACAACAUUAUUCCCCAGCCCAUCAAUCAAAAAGUUCUCGCACUGGAAAAGCUUGCCGUUGCUCUGAAGAUGCACGUGGACGGAGGGAGGGAAAAGAAGCAAAUCUGGACAGAUGCGUCAAGAAGGUUAAUAGAUUCAUUCUGCCAGAAGAUACCGGAUAUGAAGGAGGUGGUGCGCUGCUACAAGUCUAUUCCAGCCGAGAACGCGCUGCAUAAAACACUGGCGAGUCGUUUACUGCGACUUUACUAUGAAAUUGUGCCACGUGUAGCUCUCGCCGCCAAUUUUGAUGUCUCGCCGUUCUUCGUCGAAGUACUAGGGAGCAUUCAAAAUCAGAGCAACGACCCAAGCACUGCAGCAUUUGCUGUCAUGGAGCUGAAGAACUUGGUAUCAAUCGCUAGCUACUCUCCAGGUAUGCGAUGGUUUGCCAAGACGGACAGUAGCAACGGCGGAAAGGGCUACUCUGCCUUCACAUCAUUGUUGCAAAUAUUGUGCGAAAGCGAUGAUACUGCCCCUUUGACACAGCUACAGUCUGUGCUUGCUGAUGUAGCCAUCGAGAAUCAACUUGUGGCCAAAGACACGAGGUUGGUAGGGAUAUUGCGUGCCCUACGCUGUGCUGCCUCUGAUUCGAAGGCCGCGAAUAUUCCUUGGGCCUACUUGGACAACUGCAUCACGAGAUGUGCAGCGUCGCCGAUCAAGUACCUGGAGCAAAUCAAGAGCCUGCCUGAGAACGGGCAAUUCAGUUUAUUGAACAUUGUCUUGCAAGAGCAAUUGUCCUUUGCCCUGGACGGCGCUAAAAAGACGACGAUAGCUGAGUUUGGGAAAUUUCUCUCUUUGUACUUCAACGCUCUCAGCCUUGCGGGUGAGAGCAAAACCCAUCUCGACGAAAGCUAUUCCAGGAUCUCUGAGCAAGUAUCGGCAACGAAGGCUUUCAAGAUGGCUGGUCUAGGCGAUAAAUCAGAGAAGAAGGCUCUGCAACGCAUCACCAUUGAAGAAGAGCCCGAGGCGAGCAACUCUGCCGAAGUCAGCGUCCCCUCCGGUGUCUUGGUCGAUGAAGCUCGCCUGGAGGAGAUGCUCCACCAGCCUUUUACCCUUGAAGAAGAUACCAAUGCGCUCGUCAAGUGGUCCACCAAAAAUGUGGAAGAUCUUGUAGAAGAUGGCCUCGCCGCCGGCCUCGUCAAGCUGCUCGCAUCUCCACACACCAACAUCCGCAAAGAGGCGCUCACCAACAUCCUCAAGAUGGCCGCCAAGAUGGACGAGUCGUCAUACGAGGAGAAGAAGCAGGUCUGGCUGCUGCUCUCGGAGCUCGCCGAGUCGAGCAAGCCGCAGGUCGAUGCUGGCCCCGUCCCGUCGUCCUUCAUCUCCUUCUCCGUGCACGCCCUCGAGAUCCUCAAGAACCCGCUGCACCCGCUGUACCCCAAGAUCAACGCGUACCUGACGCGUAGCCCUGUCUGGCCGCCCGAGAAGCUGCCCCUAGCGCACGACAUCCUGCACGGCGCGCCCGGCGAGGACGACCGCUACUACACGGAGCUGACCUGGCUGCUGGCGCACCUGCUCGACAGCCUGCGCACGCCCGCGGACCUCGGCGUCUUUCACCGCAAGCGCUGGUUCGAAAAGGUCCUCGCGCUCGCCGGCAAUCCCUACCUGCGCGCCAACCUGCGCACCCGCAUCCUCCGCAUCGUCUAUCGCGCCACGUGCAUCGAGGGCGGCAGCACCACGCUCAUCACCCGCUUCGGCGCCAUGAGCUGGCUCGACGCCCAGCGCGCCGCCUGCCAGUCCCGCGACGACGCGGCUGUCUACGCCGCGCUCAUGCGCAGGGCCUGGGAGACGUGCGACCAAGGGCGGGUCACGGCUUGGAGCAAGGGAGGUAUUCAAAAGCUUUUGGAAACGGUGUUGGGCUAG